ACAUUCCAGCCUCGUGGGCUUUGUCGCACUCCACCGAAGGACGUUUUCAAGAAGCACGACAAGGCGAUCCGAUAGGGAACCUUUCUUCGAGGGCAUGGACCGUGACACUCCUGUCCGGAGCAUAAACCUGAUCGACUUGAACCAAGGCCAGGGACGCAGGCGCCUCUCUGGGUUUCUUUCUUGUGCUUGGGUACGUACUGAUGGGAUUCCGGCUUGGACAAGUUGGUGAUCCGCCUGGUGAGGUUAAGGAAGGUCCUGCUACUCCUCACCAGGACAAAGACUCACCAGGACACUACAAAGGAUUAGACCUCGAGUCUUUCCUCGACAAGACCUCUGAUGCCGGAACCAGCGAGGAAAUGGGAUUGGAGAAGGCAACUUAUAUAGCAGCUUCCACUGGCGCCACUGGAGAUUGAGGUCAAACCGCAAUACUGGCUGCUUCUCUCUCUCGCCAACUCCUCCCUGUCUGUGUGUGUGGGUUUAGUUGUCCAUCACCAUGUGCCUCAUCGGCCUUUUGCUCCCUCUUAAGCCUAAGAAGCAGUCCCGAAAGCACAGGUCCAGGGGUUCCAGCCAUAGACAUUCUCAUUCUGAGCGCCACCACCGAGAUAGAUCUCGCCGACAAGAAAAGGAGGAGCCGAGGCAUUCGGCUGCGGUGGCCGAAGACGCGCUGGCGCGGUUAUGCUUGUCGCUCGAGCAAAGUCUCAUCGAGGAGCAGCAAAGAUGGCGAGAGCAAGACCGGCUGGACAGGUCGGAAAGGUGCCGCCUAGGGCUCGAGCGAGACCGGACACCAUUCGAAGAGGCACCGCCAUAUAGCGCCAGGGACGCGAUGCGCCAGUCAACCCCAGAACCACAGUACCAAAACGGGGUAGCCGACAGCCCCCGAUGUCGGGAGAGAGACUUAAGUGGCUCGACCCUGUGCUGCCGCAACUGCGUAUGCACCCGCUGCGGUCACGACAACGUAAAAUGCCCGACGGUGCCCGAACUCGAUGACACCGGCCGGAUCAGAGCUUUCACAAACGACGGCGCGGAUUCGCGGAGGCGACGGGACUGAGCGGUCAGUGGUCCACACGCACCUUACAGGCCGGCCCGAUGGGUGUGGCGACAGUGGUGGUCGAGAUUCUACACGGCAGUUUCCCUCUGUUUGACGGAGUUU